AUGGUCAAGACUGAGGCAUCUUUGCUCUCCCCUCCAUCCGAAUCGGCCUCGAUUGUACCGCUUGAUUCGCCAAUCCGCACCACUCCCAUACACCCAGACCUCCCUGAGAUCCAAGUUCCAGGGGAGCCACUUCCCGUAUACCUCUAUCACCCUCUUACUUGCCAACCAAUUGAAGAUCAAGACACACAAGCUGAGCUGGAACAAUUGCGCCAUGAAUUUCCUUCCAAAGAAGCUGCCAUGAGAGCCCAAGAGCAAGCUGCCAAAGAAGCGAAGAGGAAGCUUGAGGAGGCCGAAAAGAAAAAAGAACAGGUCCAGAAGGCAAUUGAUAAAAAGAUCAAAGAACGAGAUACCGAGAUGAAAGUACUCUCCAAGUACCAGGAGGUCAAGGCUUCGGAUAUCCCAGCUUGA